UAUCGCCUUCGGUUCGCCAUAUUUAUUAGUUGUUGGUGUGUAUUUCAUUUAAUUGACGCUUGUUUAUUUGUUAAAAUCUGUUAAAAAAGUUAAAAGUUGAAAAGAAUUAAACAAAUAUUUCAGUUUUAAAUAAUAAUAUGGCAGUUCCAACAUAUGGCGAUAAGCCAAUAAGUUUCCAACUAGAAGAAGGCGGUGAAUAUUAUUAUGUUGGUUCGGAAGUCGGCAAUUAUCUGCGCCUAUUCCGUGGUAUACUUUAUAAGAAAUAUCCCGGAAUGACCAGAAUUGUUUUGUCUAAUGACGAAAGAAAACGUCUAGCCGAUGCCGGACUAAGUAAUCACAUUCUUGCUAGUUCGGUUUCGUUGUUAAAAGCCUCAGAAGUUGAUGAAAUUAUUGCUGGGAAUGAUGAAAAAUACCGAGCAAUAUCGGUGAACACAUCAGAAACGCCACUGCCAAGAGAGAGUAAAUCCAAGAAAGCACCACAAUGGGUACCAACAAUGCCAAAUUCAAGUCACUUGGAUGCUGUGCCCCAAGCAACUCCAAUCAAUCGGAAUCGUGUACACACGAAGAAAGUACGGACCUUUCCAAUGUGUUUUGAUGACACAGAUCCAACAGCAAGUAUAGAAAAUGCUUCUCAACGAGAAUGUUUGGUGCCAAUACGUUUGGACAUGGAACUGGAGGGUCAAAAGCUAAGGGACACAUUCACUUGGAAUAAAAAUGAAAGUAUGAUCACACCAGAACAAUUCGCAGAGGUACUUUGCGAUGAUUUGGACCUCAAUCCAGUACCAUUUGUACCAGCCAUAGCGCAAGCUAUUCGUCAACAAAUCGAAGCAUUCCCCAAUGAACAACCAAUAUUGGAAGAAAGUUGCGAUCAACGUGUCAUCGUUAAACUCAACAUACACGUUGGCAAUACUUCAUUAGUCGACCAAGUCGAAUGGGAUAUGUCGGAAAAGAACAACAAUCCCGAAGAAUUCGCCAUGAAACUCUGUGCCGAACUUGGUUUAGGUGGAGAAUUUGUCACAGCUAUAGCUUAUUCAAUUCGUGGUCAAUUAUCAUGGCAUUUACGUACUUAUGCUUUCUCAGAAGCUCCACUCUCCACAAUCGAUGUACCCUUCCGUAAUCCCAGUGACGCUGAUGCAUGGGCUCCAUUCCUGGAGACACUUACCGAUGCCGAAAUGGAAAAGAAGAUACGUGACCAAGAUAGAAACACAAGAAGAAUGCGUCGCUUGGCUAACACUACAACUGGAUGGUAAAACAAAAAUCGUAUCGAACAAUUGUGGGAUGAAAAAAUAAAUACAACAAACUAAUAAAUAAAGUAAAUUUCAAUAAUUUA